AUGAAAAGCCAACUCUUGGAUCGUAUCUCUUAUUUCUUUUCCUCUUCUUCAUCAUCCUCAUCCUCAACCUCAUUCUCAUCCUCAUUCUCAUCAUCAGAUCAAAGUUGGGGGUUUCCAACUAAAGUUACGACAACAGACUAUUACUGUCACACUGUUCAAAGCACAACACUUGUAUCUAACAAGCUUCGCUGGGCUACCUUCAAUCUUGGCAAAAAGACAUCAAAAAAUACCAAGAAGUGCAAUGGCAUUCCUGCUGCUGAAUGGCUUGCUUCUCCUCUGAAUGCUGACAGCUGCGAUGCUUGCAGACUUACCCGACAAUGUUUUUAUGAUGAAAAAGUAGAAAUUUUGGCACCCUCAGCUUCAACUGCAUCAUUUAUUACAUCUUCAAGUACAACAACCCUACCACAGCAUAUUCCAUAUUACUUUUCAUCGCUAUCGAGCUCACCUUUGCAAUCAGAUCAGAGAAAGCAAAACCAACAGUGCGCCCUUACUCCUCCCACGUCGAUCAAUGAACGAGAAAAAAGUGGAAUUGCCGAGGAGUCAGAGAGAAAGAACACUGACUUUUGUCAUACUUAUAAAAGCUUGAGUAUUCAAAUCUACAAUAAGGAUGACUUUUACGACUAG